AUGUUUCAAAGAGGAAAAAGUGCUGCGCAACAGCCCUCGCUGUUUGACAUCAGAAAUACCGUGUUGAUCAAAGGAACAGAGUAUGAAGCGCCAUCUGUGCUUUUAACUGGCCAUUUGGUAUUUUCGCUACCAGAAGCUACCAGAGUGAAAGCCGUGGGGCUUGAACUUACUGGGACUUUCAAACUGGACUUCAUGGAGUCUGUCACUGAUCACAGGAAGGUUAUUGCUAAUAUACCCGUAAAGGCUGAAGCUACGGUGUUUAGAUGCAGUUGGGAUAACCUGUUGGUACAAGAGAAAGGCUCAAUCAAGACCGGUGAUUACGGCCACCCAGUGGUCAUAUCUGAUAAUGCCUUAGUAAGGCAUGUGACUUCUGCGUUGAACGAGUUAUUGGUGAGCCAAGAAUCACCGGGCUAUUCUCCCAGUCAAACAGGGCAUCAACCCGGGAACCACUCACCAGGUCAAAGAUUGAGUUCCCCGAAGCCCAGGUUACGCAGGUCCAAUGCGCCUACUCUGUUACAACUCCCACCAAGCGUGAUGUCUGGUAGUACGCCUUUUGAAGGCGUUUCUACCCCUACUGGUGGAGUUUCCUUUAACCUUCCUGCAGAUAACUAUUCGUUGCCAUUUUCGUGUGUUUUGCCAGGAAAUGUCCCCGAGACUGUAGAGGGACUCCAAUCUGGCUCGUUGCUUUACAAACUAGACGCUGUUAUAGAUAAAGGAAAGCAUCAGUUUAAAAGAUCCAAAUACAUCCGGAUCUUCAGAACUCCAUCACCAUCCGACGCUUUACUCUCGGACGAUUGCAGCAUCGAGAACACUUGGAGCGGAAAAGUUCAGUACCAGGUUCGACUACCACGCAAGGCGCUUCCCAUAGGUGGAACAGCCAAAAUUGAAAUUCUGAUAAUUCCCCUGAGCAAAGGCCUGAAGCUGGGAAAGAUAACCUGCUGUGUUCAGCAGCAGUGCGAGCUCAAAGGAGCAAACGGUAGGGUUUACAAUUACGAUAGCACCAUCUACGAAAGCGACUUCCCCAGCAUCCCAGCCGAGUCGCUAUCUGAAGAUAGAUGGGCUCUGGAGGGUCUCAUACAAUUACCUCCAAAUCUAAAACAAUGCACCCAGGAUUGUCGGUUGAAAAAUGACAUAAUUAUAGUCAAACACAGACUUCUUGUCACCGUUAAGAUUAUCAAUCCGGAUGGUCAUUUUAGCGAAGUCCGUUCAAAAUUGCCAGUGGUUUUAUAUGUGACCUCCAAGGUUCCGGUGGAAGCCCGGUCUGUUGCUGCAGAUAAUGAUGGAGUUAUCCAUUUUAGACCCGGAUUUCAACCCCUUUUUGAGCCUGUUGGCAGUGGAAGCCAUUCUGGCCAUGGUGAUAUCUCAACCACUGUUUCUCCAGCAUCACCAACCCCAGCUCAAAUUCACACAGUUAGGGACGAGGACGCAGGAGAAACUCCAGAAGGCAGCAUGGGAAUUUACGAAAAUGACGAUGAUCCAGUCCUACCUGCCUAUGACGCAAGUUCUAGAGAUCCGUUGUUCAGCCCUUCUGCAGAGGACAGUUCUGGGCACGUUUCUCCAUUUUUCGGUUCAGCAAGCAAUAAUGCCAGCGGAUUCUCCAGUCCUGCCAUGCAAUAUCUUUCGAGAGUAAAUUCAGCUUCUAACCUUGCCGGAGGACAAGGAUCUGGGUCUGGUUCCGGCUCUUUGUUCCCAUUGAUGAUGUCUGUUCUGCCGUCAUAUGAUAGUGCGGCGGACGAAGAUGUCACCAACAUAGAUUUGGCUCCACCAUAUCAGGACACUUCGAAAGUUUCCGAAACUGAAUCCAGCAGUUCUGGAGACUCAUACGCAAACUUUCCCCAGAACACUUCAAUCUUGCCUGGUGCUUCGUCUCAGAGCCAAAGUCGUUCAAGACCAUUUUUACUGGGAAGACAUAGUAAUUCGAGCUUGAAGAACCUGGGUUCUAACAAGCCACUGUUGUCGCGCGCAUUUUCCUCGGGGUCUCUGAGCGGCAGCAGGCCAUCUACGCCAUCCAUGAGCAUAGCAGAGCGAUUAACUAAGAGGUCUUGA